AUGGUGAGUUUCUAUGAGCUGUGGUCGCGUGGCAUCGACCUAUGGGUGACGGCGGUGCUUAAGGACCUGAGACGACACCGCAAGAAGGCUCUCCUUCGACUGCUUAUAACGCUCGCGCGUCGUAAGGGGUUCGAGGCGAUUGCCAAGGCGAUAAUACACUGCCGUGGCGACCGCCUAGAUCCGUUGAUGGCCUUGUUUAUGCGACUAUGCGAACUGUCUCGUUUCGAAGAUGCGACGCCUAGUGACAGCAAGAGCCCACAAAGUGUUCCCAAGCAGCACGGACAGCACGCCAGCGGUCAGCGUGCCACGGGCAAAUCGCAGGUGGCGCUGUCUGCCACCAGCACCUUGAGUCGUUGCAUCCUAGCUGCCGUCACGCCCCUGCUGUUGCACGUUUUCGCAACCCGAAGCAAGGUCCCCCUGAAGUCGCAAGGGCUGUGCCACUGCUACUCGGCCAUAAUGGCGGACGUCAUGCAGUUCCUGGAUAACACGGGCAAGACCGUUUCCUCUCGCGCCCUCCGCUGCACGAAAAGUGCCACCCGCUCUCGCACGACCCGCGCGUUUAGGCGAACGGUGUCCGCUGUUGGCAUAUGCGCAAGUGACAAGUUGGACCGGACUCUGUUGCGCAGCCGCGCCUUGUGGUCGUGGUUACGCCAGGCGGACCCGUCGGAAAGCGCAUCGGCGACUGAGAUCGUGAUGCGAGUGAAGGCAUCGUCCGCCGGAAAUGGGCAUCUGGUGGACAACAUUUCGGGGCUGCAGGCUGUGUUAGUAUCGAUAGCGAAUGGUUGCAACCCCGAGUCGUCAGCGGCCGUCCCGUCGUCGUUGUACCAGCUGCUUGAGCAGUGUCCAAGCAGCCACGGGGUAAUAAAAACUCGCAUUGAGAACGCGAUAGUCUACCUGCAGCGCAUUCGCAGUCUGGAUCUCGAUUUCAAAUACUCGCGGAACCAGAUGCUCCGCGAUGCGGCCAAAUCGUGCGCAGCACUGCGUCAGGGUUGGGACCGCCGCAGCGACAAGCCCGUACGGGAGCCUACCGCGUGGAGCACCAUUAGGGACAAUGUGGCCCUUCAGUCAGCUAUGUGGCGCAACCGGUGCUUAAUCGCAACUUCCUCGCAGGGUUCUACCGCAGUGAAAACGAGCCCGCGGUGUCCACCUCUGGACGACUCGCAGGUGUCAACCGUUUUGGGAUGCUGUCUGCUCUUCUGCGGUGAUUAUUUGAGUGGAUUCUCGAAGAUAUGCAGCGCAGUUAAUCAUGCUGGAUUUGGCAUUCGUGUGCCGGCGCACGACCGGUUGAUAUACCUGGCGGCUGGUGCUAUGGCCUGCAGCUGCCCACCGGGUGAGGAUACUGGCGAUCUCCCCAUCCUUAAAUUACGGCCGCCUCAUAUGGUAUAUUACACGUUUCUGAGAUUAGUCGGGGCCGUGUCUGGAACUAGGCUUACCGCCGUAGAACCCAGGUUGCUGCGGCCAUCUUCACAGCUGGCCGUGCAAUGGAUUGUGGACGAUGUGUUGUCUUCCGUCGCUGAGCACGGUACCACCGGUGCAGAAGGGCGCGCCGAUGAAGUUUCGAAGGAUAAUCGCAGCAACGAAGUUGCUAAAUUGGAAGCGGAUAGGGCGCAUCGUGAGGCCCGUAAGGGCCCUGAGGCCCACGCGGACGCAAUUCCGAAGAGGUCCGCCGUGAAGAGUUUUAAUGGUCUGCUGGCCAAUAGAAACGCCAUAGUGGCGUCGUUGUCCGAGUCGGUAGGCAGGCGGAUAUACCUGUCUGAGGACGCUGCACUGUGCAUUAUGAGAGCGCACGCUAAGAUUUUUAAAGUGCAAUUCGACCACCUCAGGGAGGCUUUUACACAAAUGCACGAGACGUUCACGGCUACUUUUAACCGUUUAAAUGAGGAAAGGGGAGGCAAAGGGGGCCGCGAAUCAUUUGCGCGAUACGUGGAUGAUAUUCGCGCUGCAAAGGUGUCAGUUGAGGACGACAGUAACAGAUCAUUCACUCGUCUAAUGGCACCUUACGCGCUAUUUGCGUACGCGAGGCUGGUAUUUUCGCAACUCUCCCUGCGUGCAUCCAACGAGGUCUUCCCUCGAGCCUUCUGGCUGUCAAAUCGCCACAUGGCCCUGCUGGGACACCGACUGCGAGGCGGUUUGCGCGACGCUUACCUGUAG